CGGCCCGGAGUUCAACCGACAACUGCUGCUGGUCCCCCCCCCCACACACACACACACAUAUAUAAGAGCGCUGUGGUAUUUCCAUUCUUCUCUCAGGAGUCAGGAUGGCGGAGAAAAAGAUGUCGUCGGGCCGCAGGAGUCAGCUCAAGACCUUGCUGCUGCAGAUUGGUGUGUCAAUGCUGGAGGAGGAGGCGCAGGAGGCGCAGCAGCAGAAGAAGAAGCACAUGGAGGAGAACUGCCCCAGCCUCUUCCUCCCAGGAUGCAUGCAGGAGCUCCAGGAUUUGUGCCGUAAGCUUCACAAGCAGAUCGACCUGGUGGACGAGGAGCGAUACGACGUGGAGGCCAAGGUGACCAAGAGCAACAAGGAGAUCGAGGACCUGAAGAUGAAGGUGCAGGACCUGAAGGGGAAGUUUAAGAAGCCGGUCCUGAAGCGGGUUCGGAUGUCGGCGGACGCCAUGCUGGCCGCCCUGCUGGGCUCCAAACACAAAGUGUCCAUGGACCUGAGGGCCAACCUGAAGCAGGUCAAGAAGGAGGUGAAAGAGGAGGAGAAGCCGGCAGGCGACUGGAGGAAGAGCAUCGAAGACAAGGCCGGGAUGGGCGGCAGGAAGAAGAUGUUUGAGACCGAGGCGUAAACAGCAGCGUGUUCUUCUUCUGUUAAACAAUUUCAUCCACUUCUGUGUGUUUGUGUGUGUGUGUGUGCUGCUGGCAAUGCGUUGAGUUGAUUCAAUUAAUAAAUCUUGUGGUGCUUUA